CGUGUUCCUUCGUUCUCUCCUUCAUCUUUGGCUGCCGUAUUACUACAGUUGAGGCUCGUCACGUCUGUCGAACCUACCUAGCUGCUAUAUAACUGCCGGACGCCACGUUGAUCAAACCAUCUAGGUGACAAGCUUGAAUAAGAACAUCAGCAAACUCCUAUACUUCACAACAAAUCAUGUCUGGCACAUUCAAAGGAACUCCUGCAGUCGACUCGACGGCUAUCUUUCAGCCCAACCUCUUCUCUGGUAAAGUCCUCUUCUGUACAGGAGGUGGUUCAGGAAUAUGUCGAACCAUGACUGAGGCGAUAAUGAAGCAUGGUGCAGACGCAGUUAUCGUAGGUCGCAAAGCCGAGCGUCUCGCUUCUGCAGCACAAGAGAUGGAGAAGCUUACCGGAAAACGAUGUAUACCCGCUCAAGCCGAUGUGCGCAAACCUGAGCAAUUGAAAGAGGCGGUAAAGAAAGCCAUUGAUACUUUUGGGAGGAUCGACUUCGUUAUUUGCGGCGCUGCGGGGAACUUCCUCGCACCCAUCUCAGGCCUCUCAGAGAAUGGAUUCAAGACAGUCAUAGAAAUCGAUACCAUCGGGACAUACAACACAAUCAAAGCAACCCUCCCCUACGUCCGCAAAGCACACGGAUCCUACAUCCACGUCAGCGCAACCCUCCACUACCGGGGUACACCAUUUCAAGUCCACGUUUCAGCAGCGAAAGCAGGCGUAGACGCAAUCUCACGAGUCCUAGCAGUUGAAGAAGGUCCGCACGGUGUCCGUUCAAAUGUCAUCGCACCAGGUCCCAUCGGCGGAACAGAAGGGAUGGACAGACUUUCCGCUCAACCCAGCCCUUCUUCCUCUUCCUCCCCCUCCUCCACAUCCUCAACGGCUUGGAGCUCAAAUAACCACUCGGGGAUACCUGUAGCGAGGGUAGGAGACAAGAGGGACAUCGCUAACGCAGCGGUGUUUCUGUUCUCACCUGCUGCUUCGUUUAUUUCUGGUGCGCUGCUUGUAGUGGAUGGUGCGAGUGAGCAUGUGAGAGCUUCGCAGUUGCCGUAUCCGCAGAGUGUGCUGGAUCCUGAGUCGGUUAAGGAGAUGAUUAAAUCGAAGCUUUGAUGUAGUGCGCACAUCUCGUGGUUGGAUUGUCUGGAGUGGUCGUAGUACUAGUUUGCAUUCCUACGUAGUAUAAUGAGACCGUCUACAGGGGUAACGAAUAAGGAAUUUUGGACAAGCACAAAGGUGCAAUACCGCAUUGUUUGUCAUCGACAAACAUGAAAAUUGAAAAAGAAAUAAAUUAGGGCAUUUACGUGCUUUGCAAUGUAUUUCAUAGUCCAAAUUUUAGCGCUGGAUAUUUGCAGUCUGGACUAUUGGACUGCCAUAAGUUAUACCGGCAUAUUA